AUGAGGAUUAUAGUGGGGGGUAUCUCGUACUCUUCUGUCAUCUUCAUGGCAUUCCUGGUUCCAUCGAGUGUGCUCAUCGUCCUGCUUUAUCUGGGCAUUCAAAGUACUGAGAGGGAUGUGAAACCUGGUGCCCUUGCUAAAAUCUUCAAGUAUUUUGUUGACAAUGUCCAGCCAAAAACCCAAAAGCAAACAGAUGCUCAGUAUGCAAUAGCAAUCUCUGUUCUACGUGCUCAGUGUACAGACGUACAUGCUGAUAUCCAGAAUGCGUUCAGCAAUAAAGAUGCAAAACAUGUAAAAGAUGAGCUCAGUAAAGGACAGAAAUGUUUCCUCUGCACAGACUCACGCAACGUCAUUGCUGCAAGGCCAAAUCGUACCACAAAGGAACAUUCUGAGCAUGUUCUGCUCUAUCCUUUAGGUGAAUCUCCCAUGGACAAACUUCUAGAGCAGGCAGAUCAGAAUAGCUGUGUAGUUUUCUAUUCUUACAACUCACCUUGUGUGAAAAAAUGCAUUCGUGGGGAAGACAAUAUUUUGAAUGGUCUUUCAAACUGGAUAAACACAAGAAAAAAUGGAAUGAAUGCAUUUGUCUUCGAAAAGAUCUGGCAGAAGGACGGAAAGAAGAAUCUGGCAGAAGAAUUUCUAAAGAUUAAUGCGGUAGUGCCUCUUUAUCGGUGUAAGAGAACCAGUGAUGGAAUGGAAUGUUGGAAAUGUGUGGAAAAUAACAAUGUGGAUACUUUCUGUCUGCUUGAAAAUAAAUAAUCAAUUUUCCUUUUCUAGAAAAUGCUUAUGUCAGUGAUCAAAGGAUUCAUGACAUAUUACAGAUAA